CUCCAUAGUAACCUUUGAUGACUUACAUGAAUGAUGUAUUGGUGGGUUUAGAACAUCAUAGUAAACAUGAAAAAUAAUAUGAUAUACUAGUUAACUAUUUUAAUUAAUUAUCAAAUGUAAUUUAUGCGAAACCAAAAUGAACAGUGGUGCAACGUGUAUUGUGCUCCCCUCCGUAUGAUUAUCCGGUCUCAAUGUAUCCACCGAACCAGCCCUAUGGGCCAGUGUCCGAUCCUCGGGAACAAGCUUUCAAUGAUAUGAUACGGGAAAAUGUAAUCUUCUUAAUCAUUUUAAUCACUCUCUAUGGCCUGUCAUAUUUGAUUAUAUCAUCUUAUUUAAAGCGACAAGAUGAAUUCUAUACGGAUGAAGAGGACGAACUAGUCUUCAGGAUAAGCUUCUGGAUGUGUACAUUCUCAUUGGCAACUAGCAUCGGAUCAACUUUAUUGCUUCCCUUUUCAAUUAUUGCUAAUGAAGUUUUACUUCUCUCGCCGUAUAACUACUAUCUACAGUGGCUUAAUGACUCCUUAAUCAAAGGACUAUGGAAUUAUGUGUUUAUAUUUUCAAACAUAUCGCUCUUUGUCUUAUUGCCCUUCGCUUACUUCUUUCCUGAAUCUGAAGGAUUCACAAACUCUCGUCGAGGACUCACAGCUCGGGUUCAUGAAACUCUUGUCCUGUUGUUAUUACUCUCUGUUCUAGUCUGUGGUCUAACCUACAUAACCUGUUCUCUUCUCGGUUACAAUGAUUUAGCUUUCACGACUUUACUCAAUAUGAACAAUUAUUUACCUCUUUUAUACUCAUGUGUCUCAUUUUUAGGCGUAAUCUUGCUACUUCUUUGUACCCCGAUUGGAAUAGCAAGGUUGUUUACUGUUCUUGGAGAACUAAUAAUGAAACCAAAGUUCCUCAGAAAUAUUCUGGAAGAAUACGAAAUGGUUAAAUUAGAGGAAAUGCAUUUAAAUCGAAAGAUUAAAAAUUUAAAGGAUGGCAAUUCUAGUUCUAUGCCAACAAGCCCCUGGUCACCAGUUAAUAGAUCUAAAUCUGUGCCUUCAAUUCCACAAUUGAUUGAUAAAGAAGAAACCAAAAAUGAUAUUUUCAAUAAAUAUAAUCUUCAAAUGCCAUGGACAAGUCCCAAUAGAGGUGAAAAAACACCGAUUAAAUGUGGUAAUCUUACUCAGCUUAAAGAAAUGGAAAAGACUCUUGAAAUCCUGGAAACCAGGCUGAAAGAACUUGAAAGUCAAAAGCGAGCUUCAGCAUUCCGAAGAAGUUUAGGCUAUCCAUUAGCCAUGCUAGUUCUACUUGUAUUAACAACAUUUGCAGCUUUCUUGGUUAUGCAAAAUACACUGCAAUUAUUAGUUGGAGUUAAAGCACUGCCUAUAACAUCAGCACAGACUUUUGUUGUUGGUCUAACUUCAUUAUCCAAAAUGGGUCCAUUUGGUGCUCUUCUUGAAAUAAUACUUAUUCUUUAUUUAUGGUGUGCGUCCAUUGUUGGACUUUACAGUUUACCGGGAAUCGAAAGAUUGAGACCAAGGCUCGGGGGAACGUCGUUCACCCAAUGUGUAACUAACUGUGUUCUUCUAAUCAUCCUUAGCUCAGCCUUACCAGUAUUAGCUCGUACGGUUGGUAUCACCAAUUUCGAUCUACUUGGUAAUUUUGGUAGAAUCAAGUGGCUCGGAAACUUUUAUGUGGUCCUCUUUUAUAAUACCGUAUUUGCCUUAACAACGGCACUUUCUCUUACUGAUAAAUUCACCGUUUCAGUGAGAACAGAAUUAUUUCGUCGUCUGGCAAACAUUGGUUGGUGUUGGACAUGGCAUCGUACAAGAUCAUUCACACUCUUAAACAGUCACUCGCAAUCAAAAAACGAUUAAAGAGCCACAGGACAGUAUCAAUGUGUACAUCGUCGAUGUUCAAAUAAGAUAUACAAAUUUAACCAAUGACAUCAUUAAUAAUCUGUAUUUUAAUUUUUUACCAUUUGUCAUUUUGUUUAAACAGUUCUUCAACUUUGAAAUUUAUCAAUUCAAUAUCAAGAGCUCAGCUAAACAAUCAAUGGUUAUUUACAACCAAGCUAGUGAUGCACUUUUUCAUGUAAAGAUAAGGCCAAUUUUUUGUUAAUUAACACCAUCAAUAACAAUUUCAAAUAUUUUUAAGGGAUCAAGCUCAAGAGAGACAAGGAGGAAUACAUUUAGGAUUAAGAUAACCGAAAAAAACAUCAUUCCAUUCAAAUAUUAACCAUUUGUUUAAUUUCCGGAAAAUUCACAAAAUUUACAAAAUUAUUUACAAUAAUAAAUUAUUUUUUCAAUUAC